CAGUCCAGCGCUGGCAGCCGGGCGCGUCUACUGUCUCGAAUGGGGGGGCUCCGUCCAGUUGCGUUCCAGGGCACUGAGGGUGGGCGGCAACCUUUGGUCUGGGCCCUCUGAUCUGGGGGCCUGGGGGUCGCCUUUGUCCUCACUCUUCCUUGCCCCGCGAGGCACUGUGUCGUUGCAUAUGACUCUACCAUCCCAAGGUGGGGCCCUGGGCCUCCAGCCUCUGGCCGGCCGUUGGCUUUCCAAACUGAGGUUGGGCGUCCCUGACCCCAGAGUCCUCAGAGCCUCAAGCGCGCGGUCCCAGGGAACGCAGCCAGCUGUGCAGGAAGAUCACCCCUCCUGCUUGCCCUCCCUGAGCCACAACCCAACCCCCGUGGGCCCCAGAGUGAGCAGUGGCCCUGCGGGGUUCUGUGGCAUUAGAGACUGGACUUCUGGGGGAGGGGCAGAUGUGUUGUCACCUUGCAGAGCCCCCCAAGCCGAGUACACCCGUCUGGCUCCUCUGUAGGCUCCUGGCUUUUGCAGAGUCAUUGUGGUUGCUGGAAGUGCCUUCCCCAGGAAGAAGGGCAGGUCAGUGUGAUACCCUGAGCACCAGAGGGGGAGACUUUGUUUGUUUUUAACAGGUCUGCUAUGUAGCCCAGGCUGGCCUCAAACUCACGGCCAUCCGGCCAUCCUCCUGCCUCAGCCUUUUGAGUGCUAGAGUUACAGGUGGGCACCACCCCCGACUGAGCUGGAAGACAGCUUAAGCAUCAUCUAGGGCCUGCUGAGGAGGUGCCUGCCUGUAAUCCCAACUCUGGCAGGCUGAGGCAGGAAGAUGGCUGGGUCAAGCUCGUCUGCUCUCUUAGUGAGAAGUCUCCAAAUGAAUUUGUUUGUUUUGUUUUGUUUUUGGCUCCUGGGAAUCGAACUUGGGACCUUGCUGAUGCUCUUGCCAGGUAGGCACUGUGGCGCAGAGCUAAGUCCUGGCUGUUUGUUUUGUUUGGAGACUGGGUCUCCCCCUUAGUUUAGGCUGGCUUGGAGCUUUCAGCGCUCUGGGCCAUAGCUCAGAGCAGAGGCCCAGGGUCAAGUCCCCCCAGUACUGCAAAGGAAAAACAGGAAGAAAGGGCCAUUCAGUCUGCCCGCUCUGCCCGCCCGCUCUGCCCCUCCACUGUCUGUCCUCCUCUUCCUCUCCUUCCUGUCCAGAAGUGCUACCUCCUGGAAGGUCCAGCACCUAAAAACCCAGUCCAGACCAGGCUUCCAAGCCCCUCACAGGCGUCUUCUCAGGGUCAGGCUGGAAGGGAAGCCCUGCGGAACCGGAACUGGGGUACUGCUCACAGCAGAGGGGGUGCAAAGGCUGUGCCAUGCCAGCCAGCUCCUGAGCCCAGCCUCCAGUCACAGGUGCCCAGGGACUGAGGAGGAGCACAGGGCAGGAGGAGGCCACAUUCAUCGACCCCACAGCUUCCUGCUUAGGAGAGGAAACCGAGGCACGGGUGUAGGGUGCGGCUGGCUGGGAGAGUCAGAGUGGAGCCCAGACCCUGGCCUGCGGCCUCUGGUUUUCUGUUUUCCCCUAACUGCUCUUGAGCACUGACUGGCCCUGCUUCCAGUCUCCUCCAAACCGGGAGGGGCCAGGAGCCCUGCGCGGUGGGGGCAGCUGUGAGGCUCAGGCCAGAGGGUGAGGGGAGCAUGGCUCAGGCUCAGGACUGGAGCCCUGAGCACUCAGGAAGGGCCUGUGGGGACUCCAGACACAUUUGACAUUCAGGUGCCCAGUCAGAUGGUCAGAUGCCAGGCGAACACAGGGUGAUCUGGCUGCUGCGUCCAGUGUCCAGUCACACAGCAGUCCGAGACCCAGGUGUGCCCGACCUCUGGGUCCUUUCUAGGAGCCUCUCUUAAAAAAAUUUUUUUUUGUACUGGGGAUCGAACUCAAGACCUUGCACUUGCCAGGCAGGUGCUUAUGACACUGAGUUAAAUCCCCGGCCCCCUUGAAAAGAUUUUUUAAUUUGUUUUAUUUUAUGUUUUGGUACCAGGAAUUGAACACAGGACAUUGUGCUUGCCAGGCAGGCACUCCGCAGCAGAGCAACAUUCCCGGCUUAUUUUUAUUAUUUACUUAGUUAUUUGGUGCCGGGGAUCGAACUCAUGACCUUGCGCUUGCCAGGCAGGCGCUUGCCAAGCAGGCACUUGUGCUCCUGAGCCAGAUCCCUGGCCCUAUUUCUAAUUUAUUAUUUUUUAAUUAUUAUUAUUGUUUUUUCUGCAGAAUGAGCCCCUUGCUCAGGCCAGUCACACUACCUAGAGCAACUGGAGACAGCGACCAAAAGCCAGGGGUGGUGUGGAGCAGGGCAGCUGGGGUGCAGGUGCUGGGAACACAGUGGGGAGGUCGGCUGGCCAGCGGGGAGGGUCCCAGAAGCCCGGGGGGGAGGUUAGGGGGUCCAGGCUGCAAAGCCCUCCCCCUCGCCGGGAGGCCGUCUCUGGCAGACCACAGAAGCUGCAUGACAAAGGUGCUGAUGGCUCUGUGCCUGUGCAGCCGCCGGCUGGGAGGCCCCUCCUGUUGCACUCCUGUGGGGCCCCUCCUCUACCUGCCUCGGGCGGUCGGGUGGCCGAGGGUGAGCGCAGCUGCAGCCCCACUGUGCGUGGGUGAUCAGGCUUGCCUGGGAGGCUCAGCUCCUCGGUGCGGUACAGCGCUCAGAUCUGUCAGGUUGGGGGUGGGUCCAGGACGGAGACCGGGGACUCGGGCUCCAUGGACACACGGACCUCUCCUCCAGACCAGGCUGGACACACCCGGAGACCCCAGGCUGCCUGGCCCCUUGGGAGCUGCCUGAGAUGGCCUGGCUUGGCCGACAUCUGGUGUCCAGGCUCUGGCCUGCCAGCCGCUGGGAGUGCCCCAGUUUCUGUUCGGCCUUCAAGCAGGACGAGUUUGGGGACUGAGCAGACAGACACACAGAUGUCUUCUGGUGCAGAUGGACACUUGAGGGCUGUUCACCGGCAAACAAUUGAGCACCGGGCCAGCACCGUGAGCCCUCAGAACACAACCGAGCCAGAAAAACAGCCCGAGGGGCAGUUUAGGGAGGCUUCCAGCAGCCCCACUUCUCCUCCGUGCCUCCCGCUGGCCAGCCGGGACGAGGGCGGGGCGCAGGUCCCAGUGCUGGCAGGAGGCCUCGGUGCCCGUCUGAGGCUCAGUCUUUGAGGGGAUGGGGUGUUGUGGGAGCUCUCUGAGAGGAUUCUGGGUGAGGGGAUUGGGGCUGGGGGGUUGGGGGCAGGAAGUUGUCCCCAGGGGAGCCAUCCAGGUCCAUUCAAGGGUUGAGCACUUGUUUAGGGUUGGAGGCUGCCCCCUCUGGGGACCCGGAUUGUCCAGCCAAGGCCAUUGUCUGGCCCCUUCCCCCCAGUCCCUCCCAGGCAUCUUUGAACCUGAAGUCAGAUAUUUUUUCUCUGCACGCCCCCACCUCCUUGAUUUUCUCCCCCAGGAACUGAGGCUGGAGGCCUGGGUGGGACAGUGGGGGAGGGGCCGGGCUGCUUUGACGUUAGAUGCCCACUGGGUAGGGCUGGGCCCGAGCAGCAGGGCUGGCUUGGAGGGUAUGGGGCUUCGCCUCCAGUCUGGACUCUGGUUGGGAAACAGGCCAGUCUGUCCAGGGCCUAGGCAGGGGCAGUAGAUGGAUGUCGGUCCCUGUGCCUGUGUCGGUGAGGACUCAGGCAGCGGCUGUCCCUGGAGAUGGGUGGGACUGAGGCUGGCCACAUGGGUGCCAAGGCCGAGGCUGCGGGUGGCUGGACGGCAGGGUCCCGCGGGAACACCUGUGUUCUGGCCAGCGUGGGAGGUAAAGGGGUCGUCUGGGCAGAGCGUUGGUUAGGAGCCGAGGAGUGGCCCGGGAGGACUCCGCACUCAGGCACCCAGUGAGUGAGGGGCUCAGGGGGGCACUGUGGUCCCAGGAAGGUGUCGGUGCCACGGAGGAUCGGGCAGCCCCCGGAGGCCAACAGGGAGACACGGUGUCUCCAGGGGGCGCGCCCAGCCGGGUCCCACAGACACCAGCAGCACCAGGUCAACACCCUGGGCCUCAGUUUCUCCCACCUCCUCCUCCACCCACUGGGGGCGGGGCCACAGGUCAAGGCUAGGGGUGGGAUUGGGCCGGGAGAGGUGUGGAGCGGUGCCGGCGGCCCUCAUUUCUCAGGCCUCCGGCUGGAGGGUCCCUCCUUCCCCAUGGCCGGACACCUGGCUUCUGACUUUUCCUUCUCGCCCCCGCCGGGCGGUGGGGGUGAUGUCCCGGGAGGGCCGGAGCCCAGCUGGGUUGACCCUCGCACCUGGCUGAGCUUCCAAGGCCCUCCUGGGGGGCCAGGAGUUGGGCUGGGGGCCGCGCUGGGCUCUGAGGCCUGGGGCGUCCUGCCGUGCCCACAGCCCUACGAGUUCUGCGGAGGGGUGCCGUACUGCGGCCCUCAGGCUGGCGUGGGCCUGGCGCCCCAAGGUGGCCUCGAGGGCUCCCCACCCGACGGUGAGGUGGGAGCCCCGGUAGAGAGCGGCUCGGAGGGGGCCUCCCCCGAGCCCUGCGCAUCCCACCCUGGCGUGGUGAAGGUGGAGAAGGAGAAGCCGGAGCAGAACCCCGAGGAGUCCCAGGACAUCAACGCGCUUCAGAAAGACCUGGAGCAGUUCGCCAAGCUGCUGAAGCAGAAGAGGAUCACUCUGGGGUACACGCAGGCCGAUGUGGGGCUCACCCUGGGUGCCAUCUUUGGGAAGGUGUUCAGCCAGACCACCAUCUGCCGCUUCGAAGCUCUGCAGCUGAGCUUCAAGAACAUGUGCAAGCUGCGGCCCCUGCUGCAGAGGUGGGUGGAGGAGGCGGAUAACAACAACGAGAACCUUCAGGAGAAAUGCAAAACGGAGAGCCUCCUGCAGGCCCGGAAGAGAAAGCGGACAAGUAUCGAGGACCAAGUGAGAGGCAACCUGGAGAACAUGUUCCUGCAGUGCCCGAAGCCCACGCUGCAGCAGAUCAGCCGCAUCGCCCAGCAGCUGGGGCUGGAGAAAGACGUGGUCCGAGUGUGGUUCUGUAACCGGCGCCAGAAGGGCAAGCGAUCGAGCAGUGACUAUGCCCAGCGAGAGGAGUACGAGGCUGCGGGGUCUCCCUUCCAUGGGGGGGCCGUGACCUUUCCUCUGGCCCCGGGGCCCUGCUUUGGCACUCCGGGCUACGGAAGCCCCCACUUCACCACGCUGUACUCCUCGGUCCCUUUCCCAGAGGGGGACCUUCCCCCUGUGCCUGUCUCUGCGCUGGGCUCCCCCAUGCACUCAAACUGAGGCUGGGGCACCACCCAGCCCCUCCCGAGGCAGGCCAGGGCCGGGGCGGGGUUAAGUUCUUAAUUCACUAAAACGGAGCAGUUAGAAGCACAGAGGGUGGGACCAGGAGUUUGGGGAGGCUCGGAGGGAAGCGGAAGUUGAGUGAUGCUCUGGAUUUUAAUCCCCUCAUCAUUUGAUUUUUAAAUAAAGAAGCCUGGGGCACAGUAGAUAC